UUUGCAGCUUAUUUUUUUUCUGAAUAAAUUAGGCGUUUAUCGCUACGAUUCAAUAUUCAUUAUUGACAAAUUGACUUCAACAAUAAGCUGAAUUCAAAAUUUAGGAUUUGUUUAGAGCAAUUGCUUUUAAACUAAUAAGUUAUAUGAAUAGCUAUUAGUAAAAUUCGUAAACAUAUAUAUUUUUACAUCGACCCAAGUUUAUUUUUCAAAGAUAAUAGCUUUUUGUAAAACUCUAGAGAAUCUUAAAUUCAUUAUCCAAUUUAGGAAAACUUUUUGGUGGCCUGAUAAUUUUAUUGACAACUUUGUUGACUUAUUAUAUUAUGUUUAUUUGAGUUUGUCUUGUUCAGAGAAAGUCAAUUACAUUGCAUAAAGACAAGUUAAAAGUUAUUAUACAUUCAGAAGACCACCGACAUUGGAAUGACGGCUCAAACUUCCUUUGAAAUAAAAUGGAAACUCAUAAAGUCUCAAAUCGCGUUUACGUUUGGCCUUUCAAAAAGUGAACAUUCAGUUGAAAAAAUUUCGAACCUGAUUGGGAAAAUUCAUUCACUCACGUUAUUAACUCUAAUAUUGAGAAAAGGAUACCAUCAGAAUGAGAAACCAUGGAAUGAAAAGGAAACCUUUAAUUUCAAGAAGAGAAAUAAUUUAUUUCGAUUGUGCAUCUUGAUAAUGACUUUGCGUUUCAUUAUUCUAAUAAAUACCGAGGAGCCUUCGAACAUCAGCAUUAUUCUUGGAAAUGCAUUCUAUUCAUCAACAAAAAGUCGAAUUUUGAACGCUCUCGAAUGCACAUAUAUUUCCAUGCUUGCCUUAGUUCGAGAGUACAUUUUGUACCUGGAAUCGAAGGGUGGCUUCAGUCUAUUGUCUGACAUGAAGAUUUUGCAUAACAGUUUAAAUUGUUAUGCUUUGGAAAUGUCUCCAGCUCAAUUCGAUAUUUUUAUAAGCCAUGUUCAAUUAAACUUAUUCAAUUGGUCGAACCUUUUUUAUCCCUUUUCUUGUUUCCUUGUUUUUGGUAUCGCAGUUGUAAGGCUUUUCAAUGUUCAACUUUACUCCAACUACGUUUAUGCAAUUGCAAGUGCUGCUUGGUUCGUCCCUGAAAUGGCAACUGCUUUGAUGCUUUCUUGGGGCUGUGGAGCCAUCGCUACCUAUUCCUUCACGUACUCAUAUAUAUACUUGGCCAGGCUUCAAUCGCAAUUGGAUAGACUUUACAUAUCAUAUCGAACCACCCAAUCGACCGAAAUGAAUUACAUAUUGAAAUCAGUUAAUUUUGAUUUGCAAAAGGUUUUCCUCCACUUUGAUCGAAUGGCUAAUGAUUUGAAUUACUUAAUUGGCUAUGCUGUCCUUGCCAUCUCAUUUCUGAUGGUUACUGCAGUUGUGUUUUCAAAUUUUCUUAAAUUGCAUUCUCCUUUGCUCGCUAAUUUAAUAUUAAUUGUUACCUUUUUAGGUGUGAUUUCCAUAACAGUUAUUCUACAUUCAAGCGCGCAGAUUUACACUAAAUUUAACCGAAUUUGUGGUUAUUACUCUUCUUUCAUGGCUCGACAUUCUGGUGUUCGAGUCCAUAAUGGUUUGAAGGUUCUUCACAUUUUGGAGAAAUGUUCAUACAAUGGUGUCAAGAUUGGUGAUUUAACUCUACUUACGAGUACAUUUCUUUGCUAUUUUAUUCUUGAAAACAUUUCUGCAAUAAUGCUACUAAUUGUUAAUGUCCGUUCAUUAGAAUAUUAAGAUUUCCCAAGGAAAGAAAGAUGAGGAAAGAAGG